GUUCCGACCCGCCAGCUCCCGAAGCCGCUGUGCCCCGCGCCCACUGGCCGCUCAGGCGGAGUCAGCGCGCGCUCCGCCCGCCGCGCUCCGGGCUCGGAGCUCCGCACCCUGGGCUCGCCGCCUCCCGGGCCGCCUCCGCGCCCCGCACCCGGCGCCCCGGCGGGCGCAGCGCACCAUGCCGCAGCUGGACUCGGGCGGGGGCGGUGCGGGUGCAGGCGACGACCUCGGCGCGCCGGACGAGCUGCUGGCCUUCCAAGACGAAGGCGAGGAACAGGACGACAAGAGCCGCGACAGCGCCGCGGGCCCCGAGCGGGACCUGGCCGAGCUCAAGUCCUCACUGGUGAAUGAGUCCGAGGGCGCGGCCGCGAGCGCCGGGGUCCCGGGUUCCGGAGUCCGGGUGCAUGGAGAGGCCGAGGGAGCGCCCGAGGCCCUGGGACGAGAGCACACUUCGCAGAGACUUUUCCCGGACAAACUUCCAGAGUCCCUAGAGGACGGCCUGAAGGCCCCGGAGUGUGCCAGCGGCAUGUACAAAGAGACCGUCUACUCUGCCUUCAAUCUGCUCAUGCACUAUCCACCGGCCUCAGGAGCAGGGCAGCACCCCCAGUCUCAACCCCCGCUGCAUAACAAGGCUGGCCAGCCCUCACAUGGCGUCCCCCAACUUUCUCCACUCUACGAACAUUUCAGCAGUCCACACCCGACCCCUGCACCUGCGGACAUCAGCCAGAAACAAGGAGUUCACAGGCCACUGCAGACCCCUGAUCUCUCUGGAUUUUACUCUCUGACCUCAGGCAGCAUGGGACAGCUCCCCCACACUGUGAGCUGGCCCAGCCCUCCUCUCUACCCCCUGUCCCCUUCCUGCGGAUAUAGACAGCACUUCCCUGCCCCCACUGCAGCCCCUGGCGCCCCCUACCCCAGGUUCACCCACCCGUCCUUGAUGCUGGGAUCCGGUGUGCCUGGACACCCAGCAGCCAUCCCUCACCCAGCCAUUGUACCCUCCUCAGGGAAGCAGGGGCUGCAGCCGUAUGACCAAAGCCUGAAAACACAGGCAGAACCCAAGGCAGAGAAGGAGGCUAAGAAGCCAACCAUCAAAAAACCCCUCAAUGCCUUCAUGCUUUACAUGAAGGAGAUGAGAGCCAAGGUCAUUGCGGAGUGUACCCUCAAGGAAAGUGCUGCCAUCAACCAGAUCCUGGGUCGCAGGUGGCACGCACUAUCUCGAGAAGAGCAGGCCAAGUACUAUGAACUGGCCCGCAAGGAAAGGCAGCUGCACAUGCAGCUGUACCCAGGCUGGUCAGCGCGGGAUAACUACGGGAAGAAGAAGAGACGGUCAAGGGAGAAGCAUCAAGAAUCCACCACAGACCCUGGCUCGCCUAAGAAAUGUCGUGCUCGCUUUGGCCUCAACCAGCAGACGGAUUGGUGUGGUCCGUGCAGGAGGAAAAAGAAAUGCAUUCGGUACUUACCCGGAGAAGGCCGCUGCCCCAGCCCCGUUCCUUCCGAUGACAGUGCUCUAGGCUGUCCCAGGUCCCCAGCUUCCCAGGACUCACCCUCGUAUCUCCUGCUGCCCCACUUCCCCACAGAACUGCUUGCUAGCCCAGCGGAGCCAGCACCCACAUUCUCAGGUCGCUCUGCAACUCUCUGUCUUCCAGCCCCUGAGUCCCCAAAGACCCUCCACAGCACCCUCCAGAAUACACAAGCACAGCAACAGGAACCUCAGAGACAGGCAGCCUAGCAUGCACAGGACACCUGGCUUGCUCCAGGGGCCCACCCCUAACUCAAGAGGAGGCAACAAGACCAGAUCACUCGGAACCAGCUAGGGGUCCUCUCUAAGGUGCUGAAGAUUUCAAAGGCCACUUAACUACUCCCUGAACCGGAGGCCAUCAAUUCAAUUGGUAGGGAUAAGAUCUGUGGAGCUAUGUCUCACAAAGGACAUCCUGGUGCCCGUGGCAGCCACACCUCUUCUUUUUAUCAAGUCUUGCUAGCUGGAUGC